UCAUUAUGACGCCAUAUAAAGGUGAUUUACGGUCAUCGACGUCUUAUGACCUGUGUACGACGUCGUGUAAAGGUACCAUUUUCGUGUAUCUUAUGGCGUCACAGAAAAACGUCAUGCGUUCGUCAGAACGACGUUGAAAAUUGCAAUUAUUUUUCAUAUCAAUAGAAUUUCGUGGUACCUCAAAACUCAAACAUAUUACUACAUACAUACUACCAUACAAUGCUAAUUGUAUUUAAUGCUAAAGCAAUUACUACCAUAAACAUGAUACACCUAUGACAGACAACUACCACAUCCUUUGUGCUUAGUGCGCAGGUGCGUUCUGAAGUUGAACCUGUGAUCUCUCGAAUGUCGAAUACGUCUAAAAGUGGCGGUUAUUUUUUUGCUUUUGACUAUUAUAAUUGAAAUCGUAUAAACAAAGACGUGCAAUUUGACCAGAGACAUUAGAGAGUCUCUGAAUUUGACUGACUGACUGAGCUUCGAAGGUAUUAUUAACAGAAUAAAUGGCGUACGUUGGUAUCGAAUUUGAAAGCGAUGGCGAAAAUGAUGCGGGGGAGAUCGCGAUUGUAAAUAAAGUUUGGCUCACGCCAAUGAAACGGAGAGUUCAUUGGCCGUCCUAUAGUCAACCCACAAAAUUUGAAAGUGCACUACGCAGUGGAGAGGAACCUGGCGAUACCUGGAUGUUAUACCCGGUUAAGAGGAUCUUUUUUGAAACAGACAAUCUUCUUAAAGCACGACAGAAAUUGAAAACUGCCGAAGUUACCUCCGAUGUGCAGUCGGACACUGAAUUCAGUGAAAAACGUAAAAGAGUUCCGCCUCCACGACUGUCUUACGAUAGCGAAGAGGAGAGCGUUGCAACAUUACCUCGGCCUCCAAGAUUUUCGCUGGAUAAAGUUAAUCAACAAAGUUCAAGACAAAGUUACUCACAACCAGAACCUCGGAGUAGUCCAUCCACCCAUGUCAAUAAGAAAAAUUGUUUCCGAACAAUACCCUCUAGUCCAUCAUCAUGUGCUGAUGCCAUCCCCUCUAGUCCAUCAUCAUGUGCUGAUGCCAUCAACAGACAAAGACUUCCAACAAGAUCCCCACUUGCGGUACGUGGCGAAGAACGUGAAAAUUUAGAUUCUAAGGUAGUCGUACCCUUACUAUUACAUAUCAAGGAACAGAAUAACCAAAUUCUGUCAUGGAUAAAAAAACAAAGUAAUACAACCGUUGUUCAUGGCACUUUACCCGAUGAUAUUCCUGUAAAAUUUCCUUUAUGCUCAAUUGAUUCAUUAACCGUAUUAGAAUCAUAUUUGAUGGAUGAUGGACAUUUAGCAGAAUUGGCAGCAUAUUUCUCGUCAUUAGGCGGACGUGACAUUGGAUCUAAAACGAACAUUAUUUAA